AUCAUAUAUGGAUAAAAUGAUACGCUCUUUUCUGAAUUUGACUUCUACAUGAAAUAAUUACACGUUUAGAUUAAUUUUUGUCAUAAAUAUCAAUGUUAUCUAUUCAAAUAUUUUGUAUAGGGAAUGGCGCCCAAAAAUUGACUGAUUGGGAGUCUGUAAGUUUGUAAACAGAUUAACGGUCUGGACGGUUGCCCUUUGAACGUAUUGUUUUCAUUUGCUUUUGAUUGAUUAUAUAUAUUAUCUAGCAUUAUGGUUGAGAAGAAGAAAAAGCGUGCAAGAAAAUCAAAUGAAAAAGGAAAAGAGAAUGGCAGACCAGAAGAAAAGCCAGUUUCUGACUCUGAAGAUUCUGAUGUAGAUGAUCAGGAGGGAGGAACAAGAGUAGCUGGAAUAUAUUUUCCUCCUCCACCAGUACAAGAUGUUUGUAUCGCAGAUGAAAAUAGUGGCCCCAGAUUGAUUAUUACACAUAUUGUCAAUUAUAAUUUCAAAAGUUAUGCUGGUCGUCAAGUUUUAGGACCUUUUCAUAAGAGUUUUACCAGCAUCAUUGGUCCUAAUGGAAGUGGUAAAAGUAAUGUCAUUGAUUCAAUGUUGUUCGUUUUUGGGUACAGAGCUACCAAAAUUCGUUCCAAGAAAAUAUCUGUGCUGCUGCAUAAAUCAGAAAAUCAUCAGAAUGUCCGAAGUGCUACCGUUGAAGUGCAUUUUGUUCAAGUUCUUGAUAAGGGAGAGGUGGAACAGAUAGCUAUGAUGAAACCAAAAGGUCCAAAUGAACACGAAUCUGGUAUGUUGGAGUAUUUAGAAGACAUCAUUGGUACAUCCCGGCUAAAGAAACCAUUAGAAAAGCUUGAUGCGAAAGUGCUUGCCCUUUGUGAAGAAAGACAAGAAAAAUUAAAUAGAGUAAAACUUGCUGAAAAGGACAAAGAAGCUUUUAGAGGCCCGAUGGAGAGUGCUUUAGAAUAUUUAAGACAAGUCAAUUCAAGAACAAAGUUGCAUAACAAACUCUUCCAUUGCAAAAAAUUCCAACAUCAAAAGGAAUUGGAUAAACUAAAAGAGAGCAAAGAAAGUGUUAAUACAGAAAUUGCUGAUAAGAAAGCCAGUAUCAAGUCAACUCAACAGGAAAUAGCUGACUCAGAAAAACAAAUGGUUUUAAGAAAAAAAGAACUAGAAAGUCUGCGCGCAAAGAAUGAGAAAUUGAAGGAAUCAUUUAAUAAAGUUGAAAAACGUGCAACUCAGCUUAAAGAAGAAAUUGCUCAGAAAAACAGAUUAAGGAAAAAAGCCUUAGAAAAUAAGAAACAGGAAGAAAAUAAGCUUGCUGAACUUGAAAAACUUCCUGAGAAAAAUGGAAAGGAAAUUGAGGAACUGAAAGUUGUUGAGGUGAAACUGCGGAAAGAAAGAGAUGUAGAAGAGGCAGAAGUACAGAAAAUCUUGGGAAGCAUCAAAGAAGAAACAAAAGAACUACAGGAAACAAAAGAUGGAUUGAGCAAUACUUUGAUAGGUUUGAACAAAAUAAAAGAUGAAGCUAAAUCCAAGUACGAAAUAGCUAAGACUGAGCUGAAAUUGUAUUUGAAUAAUGAAAAAAAAGAGAAAGAAAAGUUACAAAAACUAAAAGAGACUUUAGAUAGUGUAGUUUCUGAGCUGGAAAGUAAAAAUCAGGAUUUUGAGAGGUUACAAAAUAGUGUUCCAACAUUAGAAAAAAAUCUAAAAAUUAAACAGCAACAGUUGCAAGACAUUAAAGUUGAAGAAAAUCAUUUACUUAAAGAAUUGCAUCAGCAGCGUGCCAUGAUGGAAGAAAAGAAACACUCCCUCAAUAUGUCCCAAAGUCGUAAUAAAGUUCUUGAUUUCUUGAUGAGACAAAAAGAGGAAGGACGACUUCCAGGCAUAUUUGGCAGGCUGGGUGAUUUGGGAGGUAUCGAUGUAAAGUAUGAUUGUGCUGUUAGUACAGCUGGUGGAUUUCUUGACCAUAUUUUAGUAGACACAGUGACUACGGCAAAGGCUUGUGUUAAUGCUUUAAAGUCCUCUGGAGUUGGUCGGGGAAACUUCAUGGCACUUGAUCAAGUGAGCAAAACCCAGUAUCAAGAACAUGUCAAAACGCCUGAAAAUGUGCCUCGUUUGUUCGACUUGAUUAAAGUUGAAGAUCCAAGGGUAAAGCCAGCUUUUUACUUUUGCUUUAGAGAGUGCCUUGUUGCCAAUGAUCUAACCCAAGCAAGGAGAGUAGCAUAUGGUGCCCGUAGGUACAGGGUGGUCACUCUUAAUGGAGAGAUUAUUGAGAUUGCAGGUACAAUGUCUGGGGGUGGCCGAGAUAAAAGAACUGGGCGAAUGGGUAGGUCAGCAGUGGUUAAGACUGAUGGGCCUAGUCCAGGAACAAUGGGCAAACUUGAAGAGCGAGUGAGGGGGCUUCAGCAAAAAGUUGAGUCGUUACACAAACAGAUGAAUCAGCUUGAAGAAGAAACCAGCUCUAUCUCAAGGGAACUUAAAGUAUCAAAGAUGGACUUAGCCAGUUCAUCAAUGGUAGUUAAGAAUCUGAGGCAACAGGAACCUUCUUUGAGAAGCCAAGUGCAAAAUCAAGAAAGUGUUGUGGAGUCCACGGUGUCUGAUCCAGAAAUAGUCCAAAAGAAAAAUGAUGAUAUUGUAAAAUUGGAGAAAGAUUUUGAAGAAGCUUCAGCUAAUUCAGAAGAACUUGAAAAGAAAGUUGCAGCAAUUACUUCUAAAAUUAAUGCAUUGACUGGUGGUCGAAUCCAGACUGCCCAGCAAAAACUUGACAAAGUUAGCAAACAGCUUGACAAGGUUACUACCGAAAUAACUAAACUGACAGUCGCAAUAAAAACUGCAGGAAGGAACUCGAAGAAAGCAAGCGAGCGCCUACAAGCCCUAAUUAAUCAAAUAAAUGAAUCUGAAGAAGCUAUAAGAAAAGCUCAAGAAGAAAAUCAGGCUCUUGAUGAAGAAGGAGUAAAGUUGAAUGAAGAAACGAAGACUGUGACCGAGACUAUUCUAGAAAUAGAAAAAAUGUUAAUGGAUGCAAAGGAGAAACUUGGGCAAAACAGCAAGGGAAUAAAUGCUAUGAAAGGAACUAUUCUGGAACUUGAGAGAAAAUUGGAAGAAGUGAACAAAGAGAUUGAUAUUCACAAAGAGAAGAUCUCUAGUUCAGAAAAGAAGAUUGCAGGAUUGAAACUGCUUGAAAUACCAGAUGAAGAAGCUGAUCUAGAACUUCCAAAAUAUACAGCUGAAGAGGCAUUAGAAUUUAAAAAAGACAACAUUGGUUACCUCGUUACAAAACAUGACGAAGCUAUUGCUGAAUUGAAUGCAGAUUUAAAAGUCAUAGAUGAAUAUAAAGAGAAGGCGAGGAGAGGGUAUGAUGAGUUUAGGAAGCUAAGGCUGAAUGAAUUUAUGGCAGGUUUUACCAUCAUCAGUGCAAAGUUGAAGGAGAUGUAUCAGAUGAUCACUCUUGGCGGUGAUGCUGAGUUCGAGUUGGUUGAUUCUCUUGAUCCUUUCACUGAAGGAAUUGGUUUCAGUGUACGGCCGCCUAAGAAGUCAUGGAAACACAUAUCUAACUUAUCUGGUGGUGAAAAAACAUUAUCCUCUCUAGCUUUGGUGUUUGCUUUGCAUUAUUACAAACCUAGUCCACUAUAUGUCAUGGAUGAAAUCGAUGCUGCUUUGGAUUUCAAGAAUGUUUCUAUUGUCGGCAACUAUAUAAAAGAGAGGACGAGGAAUGCACAGUUUAUUAUUAUUUCAUUAAGAUCUAACAUGUUUGAACUUGCUGACCUUCUUGUUGGAAUUUACAAAACAUUUAAUUGUACCAAGAGUGUAACGGUUACUCCUGAGAAGUAUGUUCGUGUUGACCAUGGAAGUGGGACAUUGCUGGUAGUUAACACAGAUUAUUACAAGGUUUGCCAGCCCACUACAACAGCAGAUGACGAUGACUGGUCACCUCCACGAAAACGUGUUCGAUAAUAAUUUAUCUUUUAAUGAGGGUUGGGGUAAAUAGUGUAUAGUUAUCAGUAUUUUAAAUAUUGUAUAAUAUAAAUCAAAAAUACUAAUGCAAGAGUUGCAGUCAGAAAUGGUCUCUUUUAAAUAAUUACCAAUAAAUUUAAAAAAAAAUGAAAAGUAUAUGUGUUAGUUUUAAAGUUUAAAUUGGUAUAUAUAUAUAUAUGUGUAUGAUUGUAUGUAUAUAACCUUGAACUAAUAAUAGAUCUGGUUUUAAAAAACAAAAUGUUUUAAAGCUGUAUAUUUUAAAUGUACGUCUAAUUUCAAAUGUUAUAUUCACUAAAUGUUGUAUAGUUAUUUUUUAGUAGUCAUAGUAUUGUUUUUAUGAUAUGUAUAUAUAUAUAUAUAUAUAUAUAUAUUUAUGAGAAGAUGAACUAAAAAAGAAAAUAAAUUUUUAUUUUAAUGUUUUUAGAAAACUAUAAAUUCAAGUUUAUAAUUUAUUCCUUUCCUUUAUUCCAAUCAGUACUAUUAAGUACAGCAAAUUGAAAAUGAUUUCAAAAUAAGAGGGAGCAUUUAGGUUUCUCUCACCUUUGUUUCUCUCUCCUACCAUCCCCCCAUUCACUUCCAAAAAAAUUUUAAAUUAUAUAAGUAUCAGAUUGUGAAUUAUUGUUAGUCUUGAUCUUGGACUGUGUUAUUUAUAUUCUGAUUUCUUUAGGUUUUUAAAAUUGAAUUUCAAUUCUUAGAUUGAAUUAUGGGUAAGAAAUAUUGGAUAAGAAUUAUGCUUAUAUAAAAAUGAUGCCAUUAUUGUGAAGCAGGGGAAUCGUUUAAUUAUUCAUUCACGACCAUGAAUAAACUUAAACUAAGUAAUGCAGAAUUCUGUGUAUCUGUAGUUCAUAUUAUAUUCCUG